CCUCUUAGCAAGCAGUUGAAGACAGUCGGGCAUCGGGCGAGCACGGAAACCUCAAGGUUUCUACCCAAUUUAUCACGGAUACCCGCUCAUUUCUGAUCUCACACAGCGCCGACGGGAUAUUAAAACAUGGUGGUGGUAGCAGCGGGUGCCGGUGGCGCCCACAAAGUGCUCCUGAUAUCCGGGAAGCAGACCGGCUCCUCUACCGGCUCACAGACGGCCUUCAGCCGGCCCAUCUCUGUCGUUUUACCGUCAACGGCCAACCAGGUGUCGUCGGACUCAGACUCCAACACUUCCUCGGGGCCGCCGGUGCGAAAAAGACAGAGGCUCACACACUUGAGUCCGGAAGAGAAAGCACUUCGCAGGAAACUCAAGAACAGAGUGGCAGCUCAGACAGCCAGAGACAGGAAAAAGGCCAAAAUGGGAGAGCUGGAACAGCAGGUCCUAGAGCUGGAGCUGGAGAAUCAGAAACUACACAUUGAAAACAGGCUGCUUCGGGAAAAAACGAGUGGCCUCCUGACAGAAAAUGAGGAACUGAGACAGAGACUUGGGUUGGACACCCUCGACUCGAAAGAAAAGGUUCAGGUUCUGUUGUCCACCGGGAACGACGCAGGUUUGGGGAUCGGGUCUUCUGAGUCCGCAGCACUCAGGCUACGUGUGCCUCCGCAGCAGGUGCAGGCCCAGCAGUCCCUAAAUCUGAAGACUUCUCAAUGGAUACAGAUAGUCCUGACUCUACAGACAAUGAGUCUGAUUUGCUACUGGGCAUUCUGGACAUCCUUGACCCAGAGCUGUUCCUCAAGUCUUGUGAACAGGAGUGCGAGGAGCCGCAGGUGUUGCUGGUCGGAGGGGGGGACCCAGUACCUGCCGCCACACCUGCACCUCUGGGGGCCCCAUCAGUUAAGCUGGAGACCCUUAAUGAACUGAUCCACUUUGACCACAUCUACACGAAGCCCAUGGAGGAGGUGAGCGGUGGGCAGAGCAGCGACUUGGAGAGCGACGAAGAUGAGAAGAUCGACGAGGCUUCCUUCCCCGUUACCGAGGUGGUGGUCGAAGAGGAGACCGUC